AUGUCUUACGAUAGCAUUUUCGAAAACCUAAACUCUCACGGACAAGGCCACUUAUUAAAAUACUGGCCAGAUCUCACCGAAAAAGAGCGCGCUCAACUAUUGAGCGAUUUAAAAAAAAUCGAUUUUGCCGAAGUGAACGAAUUAUUCCGCCGCGCUAACGAUACAAGUAAAGUUAUUCUAGAAGAAAAAGUUGAAGAUUUAAAGCCUAUUCCGGACUCUCAUUAUGAAGCAGUGCCUAAUUUGAGUAACGAAAAAAUUUUGGAGUACGAAAAUAUUGGUCUGAAAGAAAUUAGUGAUGGGAAAGUUGGUGUUUUGUUGCUGGCCGGUGGACAGGCGACUCGACUUGGAUUUGGCCACCCGAAAGGUAUGUACGAUGUCGGUUUACCAUCGAGAAAAACUCUAUUCCAAAUUCAAGCGGAGAGGAUUGUCAGAGUGCAACAAAUGGCUGCUGAGAAGUAUGGAAAGGAGGGAAAAAUUACCUGGUACAUUAUGACUUCAGAACACACGAGGGGCCCUACCGCUGACUAUUUCAGAAGUCAUAACUACUUCGGUCUGAAUGAGGAAGAUAUUGUAUACUUCGAGCAGGGAACUCUCCCAUGCUUUGAUUUUGAAGGAAAAAUAUUUUUAGAUGAGAAAUACCAUGUUUCAUCUGCUCCGGAUGGCAACGGAGGACUAUACAGAGCCUUAAAAAAUCAGGGAGUAUUGGCUGAUAUAGCGAAACGAGGUGUAGAGCAUCUCCAUGCUCAUUCAGUUGACAAUAUUCUUAUUAAAGUGGCCGAUCCAGUGUUUAUUGGCUACUGUAAGAGCAAAAAUGCUGAUUGUGCAGCCAAAGUCGUACAGAAGUCCACACCAAGUGAAGCCGUAGGUGUUGUUUGCAGAGUAAAUGGUCACUACAAGGUAGUGGAGUACUCUGAACUUACCGAUGAAGCUGCAGAAAGCAGAACAGCUGACGGCAGACUCACAUUCUCCGCAGGAAACAUCUGCAACCACUACUUCUCAUCACAAUUCUUAACAAAAAUCUGCAAUUUUGAAUCGAAACUGAAACUCCAUGUUGCUAAAAAGAAGAUUCCUUACGUAGACCAUGAAGGAGUCCGUCAGAAACCUACAGAACCGAAUGGCAUUAAGAUGGAGAAAUUCAUCUUUGAUGUAUUUGAAUUUGCUGAGAACUUCAUCUGUUUAGAAGUAGCAAGAGAUGUGGAAUUCUCCGCUUUAAAGAACAACGAUGCCGCUAAAAAAGACUGUCCAUCAACUGCUCGGGAGGACCUCCUAAGAUUACACCGUAAAUAUGUUAGAGAAGCCGGUGGUAUUGUUGAAGACAACAUAGAUGUAGAGAUCUCUCCAUUGCUAUCUUACGGUGGUGAGAAUCUAGAGGACCUGGUCAGCGGAGAAGUCUUCGCAAUCAGUCCGUACCAUCUGAAGAGCAUGCAGGAGUCUACGGCCAAUGGGAAUGGAGUUAACGGUACCAAUGGAUCUAACGGUACUCAUUAA